GGCGCGGCCAUGGCUGAGCUCAAGUCGCUGUCGGGGGACGCGUACCUGGCUCUGAGCCACGGCUACGCGGCGGCGGCGGCGGGCCUCGCCUACGGGGCGGCCCGGGGCCCCGAGGCGACCCGCGGCUACGGCACGCCGGGCCCGGGCGGCGACCUCCCCGCAACGCCCGCGCCCCGCGCCCCGGCCGCGGCGGCCGAGAGCAGCGGCGAGCAGAGCGGCGACGAGGACGACGCCUUCGAGCCGCGGCGGCGGCGGCGCGGGCCCGGGGGCGCGGCGGACGGGCGGCGGCGGCCCCGGGAGCAGCGCUCGCUGCGGCUGAGCAUCAACGCGCGAGAGCGGCGGCGCAUGCACGACCUGAACGACGCGCUGGACGGGCUGCGCGCCGUCAUCCCCUACGCGCACAGCCCGUCGGUGCGCAAGCUCUCCAAGAUCGCCACGCUGCUGCUCGCCAAGAACUACAUCCUCAUGCAGGCGCAGGCCCUGGACGAGAUGCGGCGCCUCGUGGCCUACCUCAACCAGGGCCAGGGCCUGGCCGCGCCCGUGGCCGCCGCCCCCUUGACGCACUUCGGCCAGGCCGCCGUGUUCCCCUUCUCCGCCGGCGCCGCGCUGCCCUGCCCGGACAAGUGCGCCGCCUUCUCCGGGACUCCCUCAGCGCUUUGCAAGCACUGUAACGAGAAGCCGUAAGGGUCCCGGGCCGCCCCCUUCCGCCGCGCGCCCCCCAUUUCCCCUGCCGCCCAGACUGUGUCACCCCGCCCCUACCGGAUCCCGCCCGGGGGAGAAGGCGGCCCGACCUCGCUCCAGCCCUUGCGCCACGAACAGUCGGGCUCGCGGGAAAAGCAAAGCCCAUCCGGGCGCUGGAUUGAACGGGAGAGCUGGCCUCUGGAAUCUAGCCGCGGAGCCCGCAGCGCCCACCCGGCACCCUCCCGCCUCCCCCAGCCAUCGACCUUGAGGACGGCAUGGGGGUGACCAACCGUGCUCUCCUCUGGGCACCGCCGCUCACCCUCAGAAAGAAAACCAGGGCGGCAGUGGGAGCGGGGACCGGCACACCCUGGCACGGAUGUGCCUCCCCAGAGCCGCCCAGGGACUCGCGAAGCCCAGGGACAGAGCGGAGCCCUGCUUGGCGAGUUGUGGCCCCCUUGUUGGGCCUCUGGCGACGGCUGCUCUGCCAAACCCCAAGGUAGCCGUCUGCUUGGCCGUGUUCCUGGGGUCGCGCCUCAGCGCCUCACUCGGUUUCUCCCGCCUCUGCCCGCUCCACGGCCCCAGCGCCGCAGCAGCGCAGCUCCUGGAUGCGCCCAGACCUGGCGCCGCAACUGUCGUUUGCAAAGGAGCUGGACCUUGGAGACAAGACCCUGGGCCGGUAGCUUUUCGGCUUUCCCAAGUCUGUUACGUUUAUUUUCCUGCCUGCCCGGAGGUGUCUGCCUCUGGGGAGGGGGUGGGCUUGGAGCAGAUGCUACCGCCCGGUGCCUCCAAGUCUGCAUAGUGUGUCCCCUCAACAGCCCCGGGAUCCCCAGCCACUGCUGCCCCCACCGGGCGUUCCUGCCGCGGCACCAGCGGGGCUGGUGGAGCUGGAUGCAGACCAGUGCGUGCCCUCUGCUUAAAGGCGGCUGCCCGGAGGAGAGGUCCUGGGGUGUCAGGGGACGGCUUGGUCUGGCCCCGGUGACCGCCCGAGCCUCCUCCCCACCAACCCCGCGUGUUUCCGGGACAGGAGACCAGGCCAAGCGUGUUCUGCCCUCAGCGUCUGCCUCAAUUCAGAACAGCCCUGUUUCAAGUGCUGAGUGGGGCUUGUGGCCAUCACGGUCACGGCAAAGGAACAGCACGGUGACAGCGGGUCCUCCGCGCUCCCACCGAGGGGUGGUCUGGAGCCAACAGAGCCUCUUCUUCUACUGACCCCGCCAAUGAGGGGCUCGGCCGCGCUGGCUGCACGUUGCUUGAGCAACUCACAGACCAAGACUCCUUCAUGCUCAGGUUACGAGCCGCGAGGCCUGGGGGCUCCGUCGCGGGCUCCGUGGGCCAGAAGAGGCAAGCUGCCCCGCCGGGGUCCUGCUCCCGCUUUUGUCCAGUGGCCGGCGUGGCCGGCGUGGCCCCGGUGCUUCUGGCUUUUGGCGGCGCCCGCCAUUCUUUAUGUCCACAGAGCUUUCUCUUCCUCCUGAGGAGACCCACGCGUCUAAAACGGCACCCUGGUCCCCGGCGACAGGUUGGGGACGCUCUAAGAAGAGGCCCUGCCUCGUGGGGACAGACGCUGCUCUCCUAAAGCAAUGGGGAAACGCACCGGCCACCACUCCAGCUGGCACAGCAGGCCUUGCGCCUCCCUCAGCCGUCUGAGAAAACUCCCACCGAAGCCUCGGAGCAGAGGCUCCUGGGCCCUGGUUAAUCCAGCAGAGUGAUUACAGCAAUUUUAUCAUGCGAAUUCGCUUGUGAUAUGUUUUAGUCUUUAAUCGCUUUUGGCGUCCCAUUGAAAGGGAUAGAAACAGAGGGAUUUACAACGUAUUAAAUCAUUUCUCUAACAAUUACCUCUCCAGGUUCAUAACUCUGGACGUAAUAUUCCAGCUCCCCAACCGAAGUCCGUUCCGGAAAAUUAGGAAGUGCAUACACAUGUGCAGAUUUAACUCCAAAGGAACAAAGCCCACGUGACCAUAGCUGCAGAAAGACGGAAAUAAUUAGCGAAGUUACCUUCGAUCCAGCAUCGCCCCGGUUUUAAAAAGGGCUGUGUGUUUCCCUGUCUGAAAGUGCCUGAGGCUCAUGUAUUCCCGUGAGGGUGUAAAAGCUUUUUUUGUGGCUCCCUGUGCGGGAAGACGGCCGGAAUUACCGUGAGGUUAAGGUGAGGGUAGCCUUGUGAAAUGCACGCAUGCCAGGGUCCCUGAAUGGACCGCCAUUUCUCUUCCGUGGUCGGCCCUGGGGAGCCACCCGGCUGUUGCCUGGUCCGGACACAAAGACAAGCUGCCUGUGGCUCCAGGCAUCUGUUUCCUGGGGACGCAGCCCUCCGAAUGCAGCACAGAGCCCAGCCUGGGCCUGGCCAAUGGCCUCUGUCCCCCACGACCCUCGAGGCCUCCUGGGUGCCAGCCAGCACGGGGGAGCCACCGGGGCUGCGCGGUCCUAGCUCGAGUCUGCGCAGGGAGAGCUCGCCUGCCCGCUGAAAACGGCCCGGGCUCCCCGCCAGCCUGCCUUCGCCUCCAAGCUCCGUUUUGUCUCCGCGAUGAGUCCACAGUCAGUUGCUCUCCUGGGGGCCCUGAUUGGGCCUGACGGGAGCCCCGUUUCCGGGUUCCACGUGGCCAGCCCUGGCUGCCCUAAUGAGGCCCAGGCCAGCCGGGGAACCUGCCUUCAAACCCAAGACGCAGUCGGCCCCGUGAGGCUCUCCGAUGGCCACAAAGCAACUGACAGGAGGUGUUUUUGUCGCUUGCCUCACUCUGCAGCCGGCUGGCUCGCGGCACCAGAUCUGUGUCCGCGGCCCUCCCAGCUCUGCCCUGCCUUUGAGGAUUAAAGUCCCGCACCUCCUGCACGCAGACGGAGCCGGCAGACACCAGGGCUCGUGAGUCAGGGUCUCGCAGUCGGGCCCAGCCUGCAUCUGCCCAGGGAUCCGACGGGAAUCAGCCAGCUGGAGAGGGCUCACGCGACCGGGCCCACGUCACCACCAAGCAGGCAGGAGCCAGGUCCCUCCACCAAAGGAUGGAAGGUUUGCGCAGAGCAGCCUGGACGCCGCCCACGGGCCGCAAGCUGGUCAGGAGCCAGCUGACCCCUGCGGCGCGGACACGCCUGCGGGUUUUAGCAAGAGGAUUCGGAAACCCCACUGUCCGUGGGUCGCGUCCGGACUGCGGGUCGGAGGGGCUGCGUCUCAGCAUCUGGACAUGAAGACCCUCUUCCCUCCGGCACCUCCCUGACCAGCGAUGCCAGCGAUGCCAGCGUCCCCCCGUCCUCCCCCCACUGAGGAUCCUGGGAAGGCAGAGUCUUCCCUUCAGACAGCAGACACACGCACGCGCGCACACAGGAGGGUGUUUAUUUUAUAUUCAGGAGUCUGGAUUUCCACGAGAAAUGAAAGCCUUUCACCUGCUGCCAGGACUUGACAGUGACUGCCCUUCGUCUGCCCUUCGGCGUCUCCUCCGGGCUGUGGGGUCAGCAGGAGGCUCUCUGUCAGCUCCACCGCCACCUUCGGGACUGGGGCUGCCGGAUGGCGUGGAGAACGCCAUCCGGGAACAGAGGACGCCGCCGCCAGGCCGCGGCUCACACAUCCGGCUCACUCUUCCUCUCAGUGGACAACAAGCUGGAGCAGCUGUUUCCUCUGCCUGAGUGUCGUCUGCACUCGCACACGUGUGCACGCAUGUGUGUGUGCACGCAUCCUGCAUGUGUGUGUGUGCGUGCAUGAGAGCGUGUAGUCGAAAGUCACGCGGUAAACAGUCCCAUCCCCUGCCAAGGCCACAUCGCGCCUGCGGGGACGGGGGUUGCACUGCCAGCGGCUAUCCUGGACGGUGGGGGAGGCGCUGGGCGCAGCAGUCGCAGGGCCUGAGAGGAGGGGUCUCUAGCUGGUUUCAGGGGACAGUCUCAGUGUGGCCACAGUCAGGAGUGACUCUGCAGAGAGGCGUCAAGAACCACACGGAGGGGGCAUCCCUCGGGCUGCCGUCCCUUCCAGGUCGCCCAGCCUGGCCUCAGCGCUGGGCCCUCCCCACUUAACCCGUGGCCCACCCGGUUUCCGCAGAGCGGAGGGAGGCCUGCCCGCAGGACAGAGGUCUCUGGGAGCCGGGGGAGCAUGUCGAGGGGCCGCUAACUGAGAUGCGGGAACAGGGAGUGGACGGCAGGCGACGGGCGGGGCCCCAGCCAGCGUGUUGUCGGGCGAUCUCGCCCGUUUUCCGUCUAAGAAGGCUGCUCGAAGCAGUGGUCUCGAGGGGCCAGUGGCCUCAACGCGGGUGAAAGUGCCGCGCCCGCUCCGCGUCCUGCAGGGACAGGCGCCUCAUUAACGUCCUGUCGGCAGCGGCUGCCCCGGCAGAUGAGGGACACGGGCGAACCUUCAAGGUCCUGACUUCACCACGGCAGCUCACGACCGCGUGGACCUGCUCAUCGCCGGGCCGUGCGACGCGCCCAGCGUCCCCUCCUCCCACCCAGCUGGGGGAACAACGUUCCCAGACGAUGACCCGCAAGCAAGGUCAGGCCUGCAGCCGGGCUCCGAGCCCGCUUCCUCCUCGUCCGGGGCCUGGCGAUGCAGCGGGGGCACCAGGGGGCUGAGCUGAGGUCCCAACGCAUGGCUUCGCCUGUCCCCCAGCCCCUGCGCCCAGCAGCUUCGGGGCUCCAUGUCUGUGACAACAAAGGGCGCUUUGCUGAAGGGCACGGUCCCCUCGGGCCCCCUGAAGAGGCCGCAGGUGGAGGAGACAGGGGGCGGCCCUCCCAGAGGGGGCAUCCUCCCGUCCCUCUGCCCAUGGCGGCGUCCGCAUUCCUCGUGUUGCGACACCAGACUCACCAUCUCGACCACUUUCAAGUGCGAUUCGGCAGCGUCAGGUCCGUUCAGAUGUCGUGCAGCCACCUGUUUCCAGGGCUUUGUUACUGCCCACAACUGGAUAUUCCAAACCAGGCCCGUCGAUGAGAAAUUUACACGCAGUAAAAUGCACCCCUUUGAUGCUGCCCCUCAGAUGCUGGGAACGGGUGUGAGUCACGGCCGGUCAGGACAGAGAAUCUGGCCGUCAACCCGGAAAGCCCUCUUGCUCACCUGCUGCCGCUUUCUGGCCCACAGGGUCGCUUUUGCCAGAGCAUUGUCUACUGAGCUCACGGGGUGUGAGUUUUGGGGUCUGCCCUCUGUCGCUCAGCGUGACCUCAGAGGUCACCGUCUGGGAAGUGGGGAGGUGAUCUCAGUGGCCGUAGGGGAGCCUCCUAACCCCCAGCAUCAUCCCCCCACCGAGGGCUGCGGGCCGUCGUCAGCGAGAUCCUACUGUGCCCACCGUGGCGCUUUGAGCGUCAGGGGCCGUCUGCAUUUUACAGAAGGAUCCCCGCCCCGCGUGAGCCUCUGUGACGGAGAGAGACUUUGAGGGAUGAAGGGAGCAGCCCAACCUCAGUCUUUAGGGGAAGGUUUCCAAGGAUGGCCCUGCCAGCAAUCCCGGGCAGCCCCGGACGAGGCCAGAAUCCAUGGCGCCCUGGAUGCCAGUCGCCCCGACGGGGUUCCCCGACGGGGUGAGGGGCGGUGAGGGUUGGGGAAGGAGUUGCAGAGGCAGCCAGGCCAGGAAAGCCGAGGGAGUGAGAGGACAUUGCCGCUGAGCUGCCCCGAUGGCCGCUCGCCUCCAGGGAGGGGCCGGACUGCGUGGGUGUGUAGUGGGCGCCCUUAGGCCUGGACGGACGGAGAUGGGCGCGGGGACCGGGCGCCGGGCAGCAGGUACCCCAUGAUAUCACUGUUGCAUAAACUCGGCACCCCGGGCGGUCGCUAAGCUGCCUGUCAGUUAGCGUUAACCUGGAGACACGCAGCCCCUUGCUGGGAACCACGGAAGAUAAAGCAGAGACAGACGACCCUGGUGAGGAAGCAGGAAUCGCUUCUGCCAGGGAGAAGGGACCCUGGCCGGGGGACAAGUGGCCAGAGACACGUCCCGCAGCCAUUGUCUCCACAAACUGGGAAGGCGGCCAAGGGCUUUCUGCUGGUGUGCUUGUUUGAUGGAGAAAUCGUAUGAAGUCUCUAACAGGCAAAGUGAGGUUAACGGGCUGUCAAGUCGGGGUAAACGGCGCGACCGCCUGGGACAAGGGCCCCAGCACCCCGCCUGCGUUGUCCCGCUCGGACCCCUGCGUGCCCAGGCCAGAGCCAUCAGCGGGAAGCUAUCUUCACAAACAGGAGGCAUUUAUAACCCCCUGGUGGCAGCUCAAUUAUUGGCUCGGCGGCGAGCAGACAUCAUGGAUGAGGCUGUGAUUGAAUUUCCUCCUGUAACGACCCUAAGUAAAUCUUUGCAAUUUUCAUUUUGUGGAGAUUUAAUAUAGAUGGGUGCCCUGUGGCUGGCUCCCCUUUUAAUCCAACAUCACUCAUUAGAUGGAGACGGGCAGACGUUGGUGGGCGAGGCCUGUGGGCUGAGCUGCGGACUGGCCAGCGAGAGCAGGGCCAGAUGGACAGCUGCUGCCCUCCUUCUGCCAUGGACGCUAAUCUGAAACCUGGACCCGCUUCCACCACAUCACGCACAGGAAAUGCCCCAAAAUUCCGGGGGGGAGACCUGGUCCGCGGUCCACACCGCUCUCCCCAGGUGCCUCUGGCCCAGAGCCUGCCUGGGACGCGUGGGCCAGCACGUCCCCCAACCCCCCCACCCAGGUCUGCUCCGUGCAAAGGCCCCUGGAAACUGGUGGGCUUCCCUGCCCACCUGGGCGCACAGCCCAGCUGGGGUUGCCAGCUAAACGCCAGCCAGUUGUUUGUAACAAGACUGUCGGAGAUAAUUGCGUGGCAAGUACUUACACUGAAAAUGUGUUUCCUGAUUAUCUGAAAUUCAGAGGGUUUUUUUUUCCUUUUUUGGCCACCCCGCAGCAUAUGGCGUUCCCAGGCCAGGGAUCAGAUCUUAAGGGGCAGCUGCGGCAACGCCACAUCCUUUACCCGCUGCGUCAGGCGGGGGAUGGAACCCGCGUCCCAGCGCUCCCGAGAUGCCGCUGACCCUGUUAUGCCCCAGGGUGUCCUGUACUGUCCCGGGCUGCUCUGGCACGGUGCCCAGCCCGCGCACGCUUCCCGCUGGGCCUCCCUGCACCACACUGGCCGGGUUCGCUCACGUGGCUGGGACUCCGCCCCGGGACCCUUCCUCCAGAGACCCGUGGGUUUCCUGGGCGCCAGACGAGCUGCAGAAUAGCAGUCCCAGCGCCAAGUGAAAACACGGGGCCCAGGUUCCAAAAUGAUUAGGAACUUCAGUGACCGCCUUCUGGGGGGUGGGGGCUCCAGGUGCAUUGCUCGCUCAGGCCACCGCCCAUCAAGCCGCCCUGCUGCAGGUGGGGGCACGCAGAGCAGCCCGCACCCUGCCCGGGCCGCACGCCCAGAAUGGACCCCUUCCUCCCACCCGCUUCUCCUCCAUCCUGCAGGGCCCCUUCUCCUCAGCAGCCCAGAGACGCCGCACACAUUCUGACACAGGUACACACAAAUGUGCACACGUCGACACACAGGCUCCCGCCCGCACACAUGCGUGUCCGCUGGACGCUGCUCAUUCGGGGACGUGGGGACAGGUCCUCUGAGUGGAAAGGCAAGCUGGCCGCUUCUAGCCUCAGGGGACAGGUGCAGGCCUUGGGCCAGCAGUCCUGCGUGGGACCGCACCGCUCAGCAGAGAGGCUGAGGAUUCGGGCUGUUCCCAAGACUGGCAAAGCCACGAGAAGCCCUGUUUACACAGCCUGAAACUCCGGCUCUCAUGACCUCCUCACAGACGUGAAAUCUCUCCAGAAGGGACGAGGCCCUGCCCAC